GGAAGAACCACAAAAGAAGAGGAGAAGUGUUGUAAACAACAAAGGGCGGUAGAGAGAGCUGGAUAAUGAGUGUGAGAUUUAGACCUUUAGCUCUGUUGAAGAGAAGCGUUUUCGGUGCGCGUCCGUUCAGCUCUUCCAGCGCUGUAUUACAGGAGAAGUCGUCUUCGAUCUUUGGCGAUGUAACAGAAGUACAACCGGAGAACAACAGAUCCAAGCGUGACUUCUCUGAUUCCCUGCAGAGCAUGGGUAAUGCUGAUGAGGAGUUUGAUGUUAGUAAGGUGACUCUGAACAACGAUACAAAGCUGCAGGAGUUCAUAGGCCAUACGCCAAAGAGCGCCGUUGCGAAGCUUUUGACUCCGCUCAAGCAGCAGAUUUACGAGGCCAAUGUCAAGCAGAAUGGAUUCUUCAAGAACAACGAGCCGGUAACGCUGACAACUGGAGAGAAGUACAAGCUGAAACUCUCUGCUAGAGAGCUGGAGGCCUUGGAGCCUUCUAUGUAUCUGAAGUCUUUCAGAUUGAAGUCCUCUUGGAAGAAGGCCACCAUCUUUUUGAGAUUUGUGUCUGGCAUGAACGUCAACGAGGCCAUCACACAAGGUCAGUUCCACUCGAAGAAGAUUGGUAAGGAAGUUUCCAAACUACUGCAAGAAGGUGUCGAAGAAGCCCAUCAGCUUGGUCUUGACGCUAAGGAGCUGUACAUCUCACAGAUCUGGUGUGGUUCCGAUGGAAUGUGGAGAAAGAGGGUUGAUCCAAAGGGAAGAGGUAGAACGGGUAUCAUUCACCACCCAUAUAUCCAUGUGAGGGCCGUUCUCAAGACCCCACAGACACAAAAGAGAUUGGCAUGGGAAAAGGAACAGAAGGAGUUGAAGAAGAAGGCCAUCUCACAGUUGCCAAACGAAAAGCUGAGAUUCAAGCUCGAGGGCCAUUACAAGUGGUGAUCUUCGUUCACGCAGAAAACACUCGCAUCAGUUUUAGAAACAACCCUGUAAAUACAAAAUACACAUACUUGUAUAAAAAUAGAAGGUAUGUUCAAUGUAAUAAAUAGAAUAAAUAAUUGAGAAGUGCAAUGAUAAACAAAAAAGGGGCCGAGUGAAUAAAUAUGUGUGUAUACUACUAGGGAAAACUCUCUCCUUCAGUCGUCGUACCCUUUCAACGUUGCAUCUCUAGCUCUGUUUGGCAGAGGAUAUGAGAAUGGAACAGGCUCGUGGUCCUCAAACAAGAACUUGCGUCUCAACGGAGUCAGCGUUAGAGCAAGAAUAGGACCAGCAACACCAAUGGCCACG